UGCUGUGACCGAGAAGAAAAUCAACCUGUUUGUUCCUUGAGUUUACACCCAAUAGAGGGGAGGCAUCCUAACAGGUGCGCGCUGUCCAUUAGGGUGAUUGUACUGUAUAACUAUUAGGUAUGUACUUGUAUAAUAAUCAAAUCAAAUAUGAGUAAUCAAAUAUGAAGGAAGACGACAUUGCUUGUAUUUGUACACCUAACGAGGAUAGACACAGGCACGAAAAACACGCGUAAGUUAUCCCGUGAGCGACUAUGAAUCAAGUUGACGUGCGUCCAAAAGACGGCGUGAGACAGACAACUAUACAGCGACCAUGAUAAAUAUACAUAUAGUUUAUACAUAGGUGUAGUUGUUCACUUUCUUAAUGACCCUUUUUCAUACAUGUGACGUUCACCAUUAAGAGAGGACACGGCGAGGAGCGGCAGCUACGACUCUAUGCACUGGACGAUAACUGGACCAAAGUAAUACACGAGAAGGUCCACUCCGUCCCUGAUAUAUGUCAUCCAGUAUCAGAGGCGACGCCUCUAAGAUUUCGAGAUGGACAUGUUCCUUUUAUUUCCACCACCUUAAAAGACAGGCAUGAAUGGAGACGUCAUCCACGCCAUGACGGACACAGAGCAGGUCACGGCGUCGGAAGCUGUACCUGAGACUUUGCUCCUCAACAUCGGAGGGGACAUCCAUGAAGUUGGGUGGAAGACAUUACAGGGUAAAAAGGGAAAAAUUCUUCCGAACUUCGAAGAGCUGAAAAAGUUCUACAGGCCUGACAAAAAUGAUUUUUUCUUCGACCGCCAUCCGGAUUUAUUUGCGUCAGUCCUUAGCUACUAUCGAACAGGGGAACUGCAUAUCCCCGUGAAUGCCUGUGCCCCGGCAGUGAAAGCUGAGUUACAGUUUUGGGGGAUAGAUGACAGCGAAAUGGCAGAGUGCUGUUGGGGUAACUAUUCCAGCUAUCAGAAAACGGAAGAUAUGCUGGCAAAGUUUGAUUCCUUUCUAGGCAAGACUCACGAGAAACCGAAGAAGACUGAUUCCAAUUGGGAGCAAGCAAGAAGUAGAAUUUGGAAUGACCUGGAAAACCCGGACGCAUCUUGUUUCGCAAAGGCUUAUGCUGCUGGGUCUCUGAUGUUCGUUGUCCUGUCUAUCAUUGUCUUCGUACUGGCUUCCCAUCCAUAUUUUCAAGUUACUCCGGCAGAUAAUUUAUGGACGACAACCCUCUCCUUCUUCGUAGCCAACAAUGAGACUCUGCAAAUAAUAACAGAUUACUGGGACCGAGUUAACUCAACCUCACUUGGUCGAGCAAACAAAGACUACGCAUUACUACACCCAGCGAUGGUCUUGAUUGACGUCAUAUGUGCAAGCUUUUUUACACUGGAUAUUUUCAUCCGCUUCAUAUUUAGUCCAAGUAAGGCACGGUUUUUCACGUACCCUCUAAGCAUCAUUGACGUCCUAGCCAUUGCGCCAUUUUAUGCAGAACUGGUGAUCAACAUUGUUAACCCAGAGGAUAUGUUUGGUGAAACCGUUUUUGGUUUCAUCAAUAUUCUCAAAAUUGCACGUGUCUUUCGUAUUUUCCGCCUGGCCAAGUCCUACACCGGCAUGAAGGUUAUUUUGUAUUCGCUAAAGGAGGGACUAGCGGAACUGACCUUGACUCUUAUCAUACUUGUGAUCACAAUGCUCAUUUGUUCAACAUUAAUGUUUUAUGCAGAUAAUGUAAACAAUGAGGACAGUAUGUUCACCAGUAUCCCGCUCACCUUGUGGUGGUCCAUCGUCACGCUGACCACUGUGGGCUAUGGGGAGUUCGUGCCCACAUCCGGGUUAGGGUACAUCAUUGGUGCAAUUUCGGCAUUUUUUGGAGUGGUCUGUCUGGCGAUGACGGUGCCAAUCGUUGUCAACAACUUCAUGUUGUAUUAUUCCCACGCCAGGACAACCCCAAAGAAAAGAGAUUCAAAUGUCGACCCAAAAACAGUUAAUGGCGCCUCAGAGGGGUACCAAAACAAGGCCUACGAGCAUGACAACCAGACACAGCCCACGCUCACAACACAAAUUUAACAUUACAUUGUAUUCACAUUAACGACAGAAAAUGUGAAGACACUCGUACCAACCAUUGGCGCAACGACAACUGCUUUCGAGUAUAAAUCCGUUACUGUAAUCUUAAAAAAGGCCAUUAUACUAUAGUUAACUUCUUCAAAGACAUGAAUUUCUUCGGUGGGAGUGAACAGAAUUUUGUUACGAUAUCUGAUUAUUUGUUAAGUCAUGUUUCCAUUUCAUGUAGAUAAAUUUUAAAACACAUUACUGAUGAAAGUAAAGAAGUCUAGAGGUAAUGUAAUGAUAGGCCUAAUUAUUUGUGGUAGUUUGAAUAUUGAGGGCAAAAGUAAUCUAAGUUGCAUUUUAGUACUAGCAUGUAUCAAGGAAUGAUAGCCACAGCAAAUUUAUAUGUAUAUAAUGUAAUCUUGCAUAAAAGUGCUCAGGUAACAUGAUAUGUCUAUUUAGAAACAGGCAUUUUUUUUAUUAUUAUGUAAUGCAGGACGCAUAGAGUACUAGUAAUAGCUCUUUGCUCUGCUUUUAUAAGUCAGUGAUGAACGUAAGGAAUAUUUGUGAUUAUUAAAGCAUUAGCGCUAUUCCCAGUAGCAUCAGGAGGAUGAAUAAUUUAGACACGAAUAAGAUAUUUUAAGCUGGAAUUAAAGGAAGUUUAGUACAAGUACCUACCACGACGAGCGCAGCGCUUGAAAGAUGCAAUAUAGGCCUCUCACACAGAGACUCUUCUGGCUACAGAAUUAAGUUAUAGGUCUAAAACAAUUGUCUAGCAGUUCUGUCUUAUCAUUUGGACGAUAUGUCAUUGUAGUAUUGCAAGUGGGGCCAUUUGCAAAUACACAUCGUUUGGAAUUAGUUCUAUUGUACUACAGUAUUUGAGUCAGUUACGUGCAACUGCCCAAAUUUCAAGGGCAUAUAAAAAGUGCCGUGUCCAAUAUAUGCCAACCACCCCUUUAGAUUUUGGUAAAAACAUAACACUAUGGCCAUUGGUUCCAGGCUACAGAAUAACGUUAUACCAGCCAUAGGGCUCAUUCCCAAUGUAAGCAUCGUUCUACAUGUACGUAGAUCGAUUCAACUACGGAGGCUCUUACUGAAUGCAAUCAGAUUAACAAAUUGACACAUCAACGUACUUGUAUAAUCACAGCUUUUCUGUGUUCUACCCAACGGCAGGAGGAGGCGUGCUAAUCUUUUAAUCUAGUUGCAUUCAGAGAGAGUCCCCACGGAGUUGGAUCGAUCUACGAAGAACGACAUUUUCAUUGGGAAUGAGCCCUUUAUAGUGACUCUGGAAGUCACAAGCACAAACGGACAGGUCAUCAAUAUUUCAAGGACGGUAAAGGUUAAGGGGGAUAAAAGAAUAGCUUAAACACGCUUACCGCAUAUAUUGCACAAUGGAUGGUCCCCAUUUAAAAUCUAUUCUUAGCAUCUUCCAGUAUUACGCAGGAAAGAAUAAUGUACAUGAAAGUACUAUCAGCUUUUCAGGUUUAUCAGUGUUGCAAGGACGGAAAGCGGGCGUGGCAAAUAAAAUAUCACCUGUUGCCAGCGCGAAAGUAGAAUAUACAAAAAUCUGACUGUGAUUAUAAAUACGUCAUAUUUCCAGUUGGGUUUGAAUCAUUUGUUUAAAUUUAGAGCAAUAAAAUGAA